AUGGCUGAUGCUACAGUGACCAACCCCGACGAGAUGCCAAGCACCGACCUCAUCACCCUCACUAGACAUGUCCUUGCCGAGCAGUUUCGUUUGGGCUCCACUGCAACGGGUGACUUGACAUCACUCCUUAUCGCUAUCCAGGUCACCUCCAAGUUCAUCGCCAACAACGUCAGGAAGGCACGAUUGAUCAACCUCAUCGGUCUAGCUGGUGAUACCAAUGUUCAAGGCGAAGAACAGAAAAAGCUCGACGUCCUCUCAAAUGACAUCAUGGUAAACGCCCUCCGUGCUUCUGGAAAGACCGCUGUGCUUGUCUCUGAGGAACUCGAUGAUCCGGUCAUCAUUUCGGACCACCGACUGAAGGGGAAAUAUUGUGUUGUCUUCGACCCUCUGGAUGGAAGCAGUAAUAUUGACGCUGGUGUGAACAUCGGCACUAUUUUCGGGAUCUAUAAGGUGAGGGACGGCAGCACUGGCACGGUGGAGGAUGUCCUCCGUCCUGGAAGGGAAAUGGUGGCUGCAGGCUACACCAUGUACGGUUCAUCCGCCAACCUUGUUCUCUCUACUGGUCACGGCGUAAAUGGUUACACUCUUGACAAUGCCCUGGGAGAGUUCAUCCUAACCCAUCCCGACAUCAAAAUUCCGUCCCGUGGAAAGAUCUACUCCUUCAACGAGGGCAACUCCUGCUUCUUCUAUCCCCCAGUCGUGAACUACCUUCACUCCAUCAAAUUCCCCGCAAACAACAAACCAUACUCGGCCCGUUACAUCGGUUCUAUGGUGGCUGAUGUGCACCGAACGUUGCUGUAUGGUGGUAUCUUUGGCUAUCCAGAUGAUAAGAAGAGCAAGAAAGGCAAGUUGCGGUUGCUGUACGAGGCCUAUCCCAUGGCGUUCUUGACGGAGCAAGCUGGCGGUCUCGCAACCACUGGCCGGAUGCGGGUUCUGGACGUCGAGCCGACGAGCAUCCAUGACCGCACACCGAUCUUCCUUGGCAGCAAGGAGGACGUACAGGACGUGCUCAAGUUCUACGAGGAGUAUGACAAAUCGCAAGUGAACGGAAAGACUGCGUAG